AUGCCUGCUUCAAGGAGAUCCGUCGCGCUUUCUCAGCAGAUGCCGUGGCACAGCGGGGAGAAAAAAAUGCAUGAUCUGAUGAAUGUUCCCGAUCAAUUCAAUCCCACUUCUCAAUUUCUUUCUCCGGGUGCUGGUCACUUCGUGUAUCAUGCGCCAUUGCUUGCUAUCGGCAUCGUCGACAACCGGGGAAUGCCGUGGACUACCGUUUUGGGGGGAGAGUCAGGAGUUGCCCGCCCGGUUGGUGAUUCCAUGAUCUUGGUAGACACGCCUGCCCCAAACAAGCACGACCCAGUCCUACAAUUUUUACUGGGGAGCACUCCAGACAACCAAACUGCGCAGUUUCACGAAGAGAAGCCCAUUAUAGGCGGUUUGGCUAUCGAUCUGGAAAGCAGAAUGAGAGUGAAGCUUCACGGGAGGCUGCGAGCCGGGCAAGUCUCCUACGAUGGCCAAACACGUCGGGCACAGCUACUUUUUGAAAUUGAUGCAAGCCUCCCCAACUGCCCGAAAUAUCUCAACGAGAAAUUUAUUAUACCCAAUUUAUCCGACCCCAAAACGUUGCCAGACUCUCCCAAUCUACCACCGCAAGCAAUUGACCUGCUUAAAAAGGCUGAUUUAUUCUUCAUUUCAUCGUCAAAUGCUGGUGAAGAUAUGGACACCAAUCACCGUGGUGGUCCCCCAGGCUUUGUGAGAGUACUUUCCAAUAGCCCGAAUGGCGCAGUCCUUAUAUAUCCGGAGUACUCCGGGAAUCGUCUUUACCAGACUCUUGGGAACAUUCAGAUGACUCCUUUUGCUGGCUUGACGGUACCAGAUUUCGACACAGGCGACGUCCUGUAUCUCACGGGAGAGGCUCAGGUCCUCAGUGGAGAGAGCGCCGCUGAUAUUUUACCUCACUCAAAACUUGCCGUCAAGAUCACAGUCCUUUCCUCCAGGUUUGUUCUUCAAGGUCUUUCCUUUUUAGGGAAACCUGGAGCCUUUUCCCCUUAUAACCCUCCUAUCAGAUAUGCCAGCGGGGAAAAAGAACUAGACAAGCCUUUGGGCACGACUAGGGCAGACGCUUUAAAUCGUGCUGUCCUCAUUGACUUCCAGCGUCUCACUCCCACAAUUGCCAGAUUUCGUUUUCGCAUAGAAGGAAAGGUGAUCUCAAAAGCAUGGAACCCUGGACAAUACGCUACACUCUCUUUUGCGGAUGAUCUUGAUCAAGGCUGGAGUCACAUGCGGGACGAAGAUCCACGGUCCUUGAAUGAUGAUUACAUUCGAACCUUCACUAUUUCCAGUUCCCCAGAAUCGUCAGCCGGUGGGUCGCUAGAAUUCGAGUUGACAAUUCGCAAUGUUGGGCGUGCAACAAACUACUUGUUUCAUCAAGAAGUGAAUAGCGCCUUUAGUCUACCAUUGCUUGGCUUCGGCGGGAAUUUUCAUUUUGAGGACAAGCGCAGCCCUAUUGUGUUUAUUGCCUCUGGGAUCGGGAUAACACCACUCCUUGGGCAAGUAUCGUCGUUGAAAAAGACCCAACUCAAUAACUUACAGGUAUUGUGGUCUGUACGGGUCGAUGACGUGGAAUUAGCAUUGGACACCCUCCUGAAACACCCAGAACUAAUCCCCUCAACCAAGCUCUUCCUAACUGGAAACGAGUCAUACUUGGGAAAUCAGGACAGGAAAAAGGCUUUAAUCAAUAAGCUUACUAAUGCCGACGUGUCUAUUACAAGAAGGCGGCUUCAAGAGCGAGACAUCGUUGAGCUUCGCAAGGAGGCUGAGACCGGUUGGUAUAUGUGUGUGGGCUCGGAGCUGAAAGCUCUCAUUUUACAGUGGCUAGCAGGAAGAAAGGUUGAGUACGAAGACUUUGGUUAUUGA